UGUGAAGGGCGGCGCCAGACUUUCCCGCCCUCCCUCCAUCUUGGCGCAGCCAGCUUGACGCAGCGGAGCCUCAACGGAGGCAGAGCGGAUCAAUCUGGAGCUUCGGCGGCUGAUUGGGAUCAUGCGGCAGCGCUGACCGCCGUGUCGAAAAUCUUCCUGCCGUUUCCAGUUUGAGUCCAACAGCCUGACGUCCCCCAGUGCUCCCAGCCUCCAGGCCAUAGACCGAUCCUGACCUGGAUGAGACGUCUCACCGGAUCAGACUAAUUCCUGGUUCACCUCCUCCCUUCGCUCCCUUCCCUCCCCCUUCCUCCUCCCUCCCUCCUUCCUCCCCCCCCCCCCUCCCCGAUCUGAGUCCAGGCUCAAAGCAGCGUCCUGAUUGGCUGUCCUUCCCCCACCUCCCCCCCCCACCGCCCUCAGGUGGAUGAAUGAAGACUCCGUUUAAGAGCCCAGCGGCGCCGCGGCCCCGAGCGGACGGGGGACAUCCAGGCGUCUCUGCAAACAUGAUGAAGAAGAAGAAUCCACACAAGAAGCAGAGGACCAGCGUUGGACCCAGUAAGACGCUGGUUCCGCCCAGGAGGAACAUCGUGGGCUGCCGGAUCCAGCACAUCUGGAAGGAGGGCAGUAAAUCGUCCCAGUGGAAGGGGACGGUUCUGGACCAGGUUCCGGUCAACCCGUCUCUCUACCUGAUCAAGUACGACGGUUUCGACUGCGUCUACGGCCUGGAGCUGUACGCCGACGAGCGCGUGGUCGGCCUGGAGGUUCUGCCCGACAGAGUGGCUCAGGCCCGGGUGAGCGACUCGCUGCUGGCGGAGACGAUGAUCGGGAAGGCGGUGGAGCACAUGUUUGAGACGGAGGACGGGCCGAAGGAGGAGUGGAGGGGGAUGGUUCUGGCCCGCGCCCCCAUCAUGACCACCUGGUUCUACAUCACCUACGAGAAGGACCCGGUUCUGUACAUGUACCAGCUGCUGGACGACUACAAGGAGGGCGACCUGCGCAUCAUGCCCGACUCCAAUGAGAACGUGGCGGCGGAGCGGGAGCCGGGCGAGGUGGUGGACAGCCUGGUGGGGAAGCAGGUGGAAUACGCCAAGGAGGACGGCGGGAAGCGGUCGGGGAUGGUCAUCCACCAGGUGGAGGCCAAGCCCUCCGUCUACUUCAUCAAGUUCGACGACGACUUCCACAUCUACGUCUACGACCUGGUCAAGACCUCCUAAGGCCCGGGCGUCCAGACAGCGGCCGGACUUCGUAGCUCCUUGUUUCUAGAGACGCCUUAACGCGAAGGACGCGGCGCCACCGUCAUGGACUCUUCGACCAAACGGCUGGAACCUGCCUUGGGUUUCCAGAUUAUCGCGGCACAAGCAUCCGUCUGUACUGAGCUUCUCCUUCCCGUGACUCCAUCCGGAGGAUUGCCCCGUUCCUGACGGCCCUCUGGACGCGAGGCGGGGCGUCUGAGCCCAAUGGGGUCAAUGACGGGGCGGGGCGGCGUCUGGAGCGCGGAUCCCGACCGCUCUGCGUCUGGGCAGAGAAACAACGUUCCCUCUGAAAUUUGUGCCAAACUGUUGAACUUUUCUAGAGCGUCGCUCCGACCGGCUGGUUUUCCUGGAGCGCCAUCCGGAUUAUUCCGCAUUUAUACUGUAACGGUUUUCCACAUGCCCCGCCCCCUGUCUUCUAAAUGUGGACAAUCAUGACCUCAUAUCGUAUAAACCCAGAUAACGGUGAAUUUUAGACCCUCUGGCGUUUCCAGGAUCUGCUUCUGGACCGAGGAACCUUCCAGAUUCCAGAGCCGAGCCUGGAAGACCACAGACGGUUUUCCCAACAGAUCCCUGGAGUUUCUAACAGUCCGAUCCAGAUGAUCCAGAUCAACUGAUCCUGGAGUUCCCAGUGGCAUCUGUUGAUCCAAAGAUGAUCUGGAUCAGUGGAUCCUGGAGAUCCAGAUCAACGGUUCCUGGAGUUUCUGAUGGAGUCUGUUGGUCCAGAUCAGUGGAUCCUGGGUUCCUAUCGAUGAGCCGAGUUGCUGCUGUUGUAGUUUCCAGUGUUUUUCUUGUACAGUGAUAUUAUGUUGGUGCGUUGGACGUCUCCGGUUCCUCUGUGUCGGUUCCGUUCCCAGUUGGUCCGGACUCGUUGCCCGGCUCUGGACGGCGGCGCUCUGCAGCAUCCGGGUGUUUGAAGGAAGUCCUGCUCGUUUCUCUGAUGCGGCCCGUCUUCGGUUUCCCUCGCAGCCACGUUGCCUGAUCCUCAUCUCAUGUGCCUGAAGGACGGAUCCAGACAUUCCUGCUGGCCGGGUUGGGAAGCCGGUUGGGAAGCGUCGUUCACGGCUCCGGCGUUCCUCUGGGUGGACUGCUGAGGUUUUCCAGGUUUCUAACCUGCUGAACAUCCAGUUCACCCCGAAACCCAAAUGGUCCAGCGUCGCUUCUUCUCCUCCAGAUCUCUGAACUGAAGCCAGGUUUUAAUUUUGAUUCAAUUAAACUCAAACCUUUGUUUUUUUUUUUUAGAAUUCUGUGAAAAACUUUAAUUCUAACUUUUUUCUGAAUUCAGACUUUUGUUCUCUGAAUUCUCGCUGUGAUCACAUCUUUCAGUUUUGUUCCCAGAUUUCUAACUUUAAUUUCUGUCAGAAUUGUUUCCAUGUUUUUCAGUCAAUCUCAUCUUAAAACUCAAAUCUGUUCUGACUGUCGAGCCCAAAUUCUGAGAUUAGAAUCAGAAUCUGUUUUUUACGUUUCAGUGGUUCUAAUUUUCUUCCUCAGAAACAUUCGGACACAUUUUGUUCAUGUUAAGAAACAAACAGCUUGGAAACCUGGAGCUAAUCUGGUGGGAUGUUGGAGUAACGUCAGGAUCUGGGAUUAAAGUGGAUCUUUUUAACUAAUUGAAAUUGCAGAUGAUUUUUUUCUCGGACUUGAUUUAUUGGAUCUUUAUAAGAACUGAUGUUCUGGUUCUGGGAGCAGCUGAAUGAAUCUGUUGGGUUCAGGUCAGAUUUCUUUUUAGCGUUUUAUUUCCUGGAGCUGCAGCCAGCGUUAGAUUUGUUAUUCUUUUUUAAGGUAUAUGCCAGUUUUUCAAAAGAUUUUUCUGACGGUUUCCUUUCAGGCGACUGGAGUUUCGUUCCUUCAGAUGAAACCUGAACGUUUUUCGGUUGACGGUUUUCAGGAAACAUCUGGAUGAAAUGUUGGCUGAAGGGAUCCUGAUGUUUCAUUUCAGUUGUUUUCACUCCAGUUUCCAGAAUGUUGAAGAUUAAUUGAAUUGAAAAGUUCCAGCUUUCAUGACUGCAUUUGGAUUCAGUUCCUUUUUCAGAAUCACUUUCCAUAUCGUAUUUGAUUGAUUUUUUUCCAAAAUCAUGGCGAUGAAACGUGGUUUCCUGAAAACGGCGCCGCCGGUUUCAGAACGGGUCGAUUUGAACUGAUCCAGGCCGGUUCUGGAAACAAACAGUUUGUUUCAUGAAGCCGUUUUCAUCUUUAUGGUUCAGAUUCUACAACUUGUGAAAUCCACACCUGUCGAGUCUGUUAUGUAUUUCUAAAGCAAUCAGAUUUUCACCGAUGACAUUUUUUUCUAGAUGGUCAAAAAUCCACAUCAAAAUGGAGGCCAUAAUUUCAGAACUCUACUAAAUGUCUAAUGGAGUUAAUUAGAGGGUCUGUCGUUAAUUAAUAAAACUUUAUUUGACUAAAUAAGCAACAUUUUCAAUUCACAAUCUUUUUCUCUUAAAUAACAAACAGAUGAGUUUUUAUUCUGUCCUUCAACCAUCAGAACGCUGACAUUAGCGUUAGCUGCUACAUGGUUAGCAUUGAUUGCUACUUUAGCCUUAAGUAUCUUCACUGACAUGCUAACUCCCUCUAACACAACUUGAACACAACAGCAGUCUUUUCCAGACGAAAUGAAACCCUGCUGGCUGAGAAGCGCAUGUCCGCCAUCGCUGCUGUUAGCUUGUGCGUCAGUUUUAUGGCCGUACUAGAAAUGCUCCAAUACAAAGGUUCCAGCCGGAAUAUUUAUGUAAAAAGACAGAAAAAAGAAUAAUUGUCUUAAAUUUUAAUCAAAACAUUUUCUAUAUACUCAAAUUUGAUUUUAUCUUAUUACCCAUCUGGAUUUUCUAGAGAAUUCCUUAAUUACAGAAGCUACAUGUUGUAGUUUUAGAGCAGAUGAAAUGUUGAUGGGUUUAAGCAGCUCUUGAAAAUGUAACUUUCCAGAACAUCGGGUCUGGAUAAAUCUGUCCUUUAAUCCAUAAAUCAUCAGAUUUCCCAGGUUUUCACAUCAUCAGAUUUAUUCCUGGUUUCUGGUUCUAGAGGGUAAAUGUAGCUGUUCAGCUCCAGGAAGUGAAUCCAGAUGAAGCUCCUCUGCUUCCGGUGACUCCAGGGUCGGGUUGAUGAGAUCCUCGAUGUUUUCCAGAAACUCUGGAUCUGUUGUGUGAUUGGACGUGUGUGCUGUAGCGCCGCCUCUGUUCAGAUAGUGUCACUGCAUGCUGCUUUUCUCGCUCUGUGGAAACUGAUGUGUUGCAUGUUUGUCGGUUUCAGUUGUUCGGUUCUCGCCUGUCUGUCGUGGCUUUUUGGUGCCUCUUGUUUCCUUUGGUUUGUUUUGUACCUUUAGCUCCCCCUGGUGGGCUGAAGCACUUAUUGGUUGUUGGAUAAAAUAAAACCCCCGACCAGCGGAAGUGAACUUCAGCAGGUGAACUUGUGGAAAUGUUGCAGAGGUGGCUGUAAAUUUGAUGUUUCAGAGUGCCAACUGCAGAUGCCAGUGUUGUACAGCCGUGUAAAGCUCUAACUAUUUACAUGAAUAAAAACCUGUUUUUCAUACA